AUGCAAUAAGAGAAAACCAGAAUUUAUUAUGGAAGAUUUGUUCAGAAAGAAAAAUUAAGUUAAGGUAUUUGAUAAUUUUUGAGAAAAGGAUCAUUUGGAGUUGUCUAUAUUUGUCAUGAUAAAUUUACUAGAGAUUAUGUUGCUAUUAAAGUUGAAAAAGAAAACAGUGAUUUAAUGAGUUUAGAAAGAGAAAUAUAAAUUAUUGAAGAAUUGCGAGGGGUUGUCGGUAUAUAUUAAUUAAUAUAAAUUUAAAGGAGUUCCUAAACUCUUUUGGUAUGGAAAUGAAUAUAAUUCAAAUUGUAUGGCUAUGUAAUUACUUGGAAAAGACUUGGCACAUUUUUUAAAAAGAUUUAAAAAACUAUCAUUAAAAACAAUCUGUAAUUUAGCUGAACAAUUACUCACUAUCAUAGAAGAAGUUCAUAAAAGGUUUAUAUAUUUUUGUAUAAUAGGGGUGUUAUACAUAGAGAUAUUAAACCAGAAAAUAUUCUUAUGGGAAGAGGAACUGAUUCUUAAUAAGUUUAUUUAGUCGAUUAUGGUAUUUCCAAAAAAUAUCGUGUUAAUAGUUAACAUAUGUAAAUAAAUUAAUAUAUAAAAUUUAGAUAAUUUUAAGAAAAUAAACCAUUUAUGGGAACAACUCGUUAUGCUAGUAUUUCAGCACAUAAAGGUUAUGAAUUAUCUAGGAGAGAUGACCUAGAAAGUCUUGGAUAUGUAUUCAUAUACUUAUUAAAAGGUACCUUUUAAAUUUAAUUAUAGGACAUUUACCUUGGUAAAAUAUUACUUCUUCUUCAGAUAGAGAAAAAACAAAACUUGUUGGUAAAUUAAAGAUGGAAAUAGAAAUGAGAGAAUUAUGUAAAGGGAUUCCACAUGAAUUCUAAAAAUAUAUGGAUUAUGUAUAAAAAUUGAAAUUUUCAACAACUCCAGAUUACAAAUACUUAUUUUAAUUAUUCUAAAAAAUUGCUAAUUAAAAUGGAUUCAAUUUAGAUCGAAAAUUUGAUUGGAAUGAUAAUUAAACUAGUUCUACCAAAUCAUCAGAUUAACAAUAAUAAUCUUUUAAUGAUAUUGAUAUUUCAAAUUUAUAGGGUGAUUAUUUAAAAAUACCUGAUUUAAAAAGAAGUGAAAAGAAGAAAUCAUUUCAACUUAUAGAAUAAUACAGUUCAUAAUAAUCAUCUGUUGUAUUAAAUUAUGUUCCAUCAGUAGUAUCAAAAAUUAAUAGUCGAUUAAAAGAUAGUCGCUAUCAAAGAUCUAGAUAAAACUCUAAAAAGUCUCUUUCUAGAGAAUCUUCAUUAAUUAAAUAACCUAUUGGUCAAAGAUUGUAAGGAUAAUUAUUUUAAAAUGGUGAAUUUAGAGAUUUGGAAGAUAGAGGUAAAAGCUUUAAUGAAGAUUAAAAUAAAUAAAAAAAAUAAAUUUUUAAUUUUGAUGAUUUCGAUGAUUAUGACAAUCAAUUAAAUGAUGAUGUUGGAAUCUAAGCUAAUGUGAGGAAAGUAGGAAUUAUUAAUGUACAUUUUAAAGAACAUCUAUCAAAAUAAUGA